CAAUCGUUGUCGUUUCAACUAGUUUUUACUUGGCAUGGAGAAGGAGGUACGUGUGUACUUGGACGUGUCCAUCGGCGGCUCACGCGCGGGACGCAUCGUGAUCCAGCUGUAUCCAGGUGUCCCCAAGACGACGGAGAACUUCCGUUCAUUAUGUACUGGGGAGCGCGGCUUGGGACGUACCACACGCAAGCCCCUGCACUACAAGAAGGUGCCGUUCCACCGCAUCAUCAAGGGCUUCAUGCUGCAGGGCGGAGACUUCUCAAACCGCGAUGGGACCGGCGGUGAAUCCAUUUACGGCGCGAGAUUUGCAGAUGAGAACUUUAGAUACCGCCAUACGAAGGCAGGACUGCUGUCCAUGGCCAAUGCAGGCAAGAACACAAACGGCAGCCAGUUUUUCAUUACGACAGUGCCUACGCCGCAUUUGGACGGAAAGCAUGUCGUGUUUGGGGAAGUUAUUCAAGGGAUGGACGUGGUAAAGAAGAUGGAGAAUGUAGAGACUGUGGCUAAUAACAAGCCGGCGCCUAUGCAGGCCGUAGUGAUUGAGGAUUGUGGAGAGGAGAGUGAGUCCGAGUCGGACUCAUCUUCGGAUGAGAAAGAGAAAACAAUGAAGCGAUUAAAGAAAGAGAAGAAAAAACUGAAGAAACAGGAACGGAAAGAGAAGAAACGGGAGAAGAAAGAGAAAAAGAGAGCGAAGAAAGAGGCAAAGAGGGAGAAGAAACGUCGACGAGAUGAGAGUGACGAUGAUAAGAACAACAAGAAACAUCGUCAUGAGGACCGUGGGCGGAGCAGGAGUCAGGAACGCGACUUACCUUUGAAUCACCGUAGCGGAGUUGAAAGGGGUGAACGAAGAGAAAAAGUCAGGAGUCUGUCACAUUCGAGGUCUCGGUCGAGGGAGCACACACGAUACUCAGGUACUCGCUCAAACCAUCACGACUAUGAUCGCCACGGGCGGAGAAAUACAAGCAGAUCACCUACGAUUUCGCGAAGCUCGCGCUCGGUAGGUGACACCCAUCGUGACCGAGAUGAUGGUGGCAAUUCUCGAACAAGAAGAUCAUCUCGUGAUUACCAUUCACGCGACAAACGCUCAAGAAGUCGAAGUGACAGCCAAACUCGCAUUAAUCAGGCUCGCAGUCGCGAUGGCCAUCAGCGACGUCGAAGUAGCCGUUCAGGGAGGCGCAGCACCCAUAGAUGAUGCUACCUAUGCUAUAUAGGCACUUGAAAACAGGAAUACGAAUAACAAGAACUACUUCAGUAGAAUCCUGCGAGUGUCUAGGAUUUUCUCUCAGGUUGUCAGCGUACAUCCAAAUGAAAAGUGAGUAGAAAGAACAAAAAACAUGCUGUUCACUAAUUCCAUCCCACCAAAGUUCUUACCAAAUUCAAAGAGCAGAUCCGCAGUUUUCCAGUAUAUGUCUCCCCCUCCCAUUCUUUGAAAAAGAGAGGA